AGAGCUCGCAACACGUUCCCUCUCUCACCACACUCUUUGAGUACCACACACUCGUUCAACACCACACACUCUUUCCAUACAACACGCUCGUUUAUCCAACUCAGUUACACAAGACAUUUGUCUAUACAGCACAUCUACGUUCUCAAAUUUUGAACCUCGCAACAAUGAAGUUCUCCAUCGCCUUCAGUUUUAUGCUCCUCGCCUCUCUAGCUACCGCGUCUCCCAGAUAUUAUCGGGUUCUCGACCCAGCUAUCGUUCAACGAGCUCCACAAGACUCUGGUGCUACAGAUGAUAGUGGUGAUACAGGUGGCAAUCUUGGUCAAUCUACGGUUAAUUCUGGAGUUAUACACUACGGGGCUAUGUGGAGGGGCACGGUUCCCUGCUCUGUGCGAGGUGCAUCAAGAUACAACUGUUACGGUAGCACUCAGGCAAAUCCUUACACCCGAGGUUGCUCCCGAAUAACUAGAUGCCGGCCAGCCUCUACUAAUUCAACUGAAGCAACAACAUCUAAGAGUUUAGUUGCGCACGGCGGACAUGUGUUGGGAAUUACGGGGUUGUUUUCUUCAGUGAAACCAAGAGGAACUUCAGGCGAUUCGCGACCUAUUUCGAGCGAUACCUAGCCUGGGGUUUGAGUAGGAUCAUGUUUGGGGAUUUUUAACGGCUGAGCAUCACGAUAUAGCCUUUUACUACUUGUAACUUUAGUUUUUAAUAC